AUGAAAAUAAUUAAGAAAAGAUUUCUUAAAAGUGCCGAUUAUAAUAAAAACCACAAAAAGUAUAAAAAAUCCAAGUUCCAAAGAAAAUCUUCUGAUUUUAACAGCGUUUUCAAAGGGGUAUUUAAAGGGACCAAAAAGGCUGUCAAUGAGUUCGCAGAAAAAAUCAAAAAGAAAUCAAGCGAGAUUAUAAAUUUCCCAAAAAUCAAAAAAUCGUUCAUCAGUGCUCUCAAAUCUGGAGUUCAUAAAGCCUUAUCUUUGCUAUCAAAUCAGAAGCGAUUUGUUGUGAAUUUAAAUGAGGACCCUGAUAUUCGUUGAAAAGAAAUUAUUGUUUCCAAAAUGAAAUAUUAUAUGCAAUACAUUUUAUCUACAUAAAUUUCAAAUGUCUAGAUUUUGGCAUGUCAAGGGGUUGAAAUAUUCCAUGAAUGAUAAAAAGCAUAUAAAUUAUUAAUGCAUAAAAUGCACAUCUCAUGAUACAUCAAAUUAUUCACAUACUUUGCUAAAGAAGAACUUGACAAUUUUGAGAUAAAUUCAGCUUAUAAAAAAUUAAAAAAAGCUAAUGUCAGUGAUGAAAUGAAAAAAGAACUGGCUGGCUUGUCAAAAAUAUCUGGAAUUCCAUAUAAGUUUGUACUUGUUAUGAAUUUCAUGUAUGAAUUUUACGCAGCGUGCACGGCAAUUGUGGUUAAAAAUUCUGAUAAUAAUUUGCUUAUUGCUAGAAACCUUGACUAUUAUUUUGGGGAAAUUAUCGGAAAUUUAGUCAUUCAUGUUGAUUUUCAUAAAGAUGGCCAACUUUUAUACAGUGCGGUCACAUUUGCAGGUUAUAUUGGAGUAAUUACUGGCAUAAAGCCAGGUGCAUUUGCAAUUGCAAUGAACCAAAGAGAUAUUUUAGAAACUUCCACAAUUUUAGAUACUCUCAGAAAAGUUAAUGGGCUAAAUUCAUCUGCUUUUGCUAUCAGAGACGCUUUGGAAACUAAACAAAAUUUUAAAGAAGCAACGGAAUUUUUGAAAAAUAUUCCAUUAAUAGCAGGAGUUUAUUAUAUAAUCGCAGGAUCAAAUAGAGACGAAGCUGCUGUAAUUACGAGAAACAGACAUGAUGUGGAUGAUAUUUGGAAUUUUACUAAAAAUAAGUGGUAUCUUGUACAAACUAAUUAUGAUCGUUGGCAGAACCCUCCAAAAGAAGAUGACAGACUCCACCCUGCUCAAGAAUUGUUAAAUAUUGUUGGGAAAAAUUCAAUUGAUGAAGACUAUCUUCUUCAAAUCCUCUCAACACAGCCGAUCAAGAAUGAAUUUACUAUACACUCCACCAUCCUUGACCCAUUGACAGGAAAAAUAACGAACAUUGUUUAUUAA